AAGGUUCUCGAAACGAAAUCUAGGAGUUAUAAUGGCCCGUACGAAGCAGACAGCUCGCAAGUCCACCGGUGGCAAGGCGCCCCGUAAGCAGCUUGCAACGAAAGCGGCUCGCAAGAGCGCGCCGGCGACCGGCGGUGUGAAGAAGCCGCAUCGUUAUCGGCCUGGCACCGUAGCUCUGCGUGAGAUCCGUCGUUACCAGAAGAGCACCGAGCUUCUCAUACGAAAGUUGCCGUUCCAACGUCUAGUGCGCGAGAUCGCUCAGGACUUCAAGACCGAUCUGCGUUUUCAGAGCUCCGCCGUCAUGGCAUUGCAGGAAGCUAGCGAGGCCUAUUUGGUUGGCCUGUUCGAAGAUACAAACUUGUGCGCGAUCCACGCCAAGCGCGUAACCAUCAUGCCCAAGGAUAUUCAACUAGCUCGGCGUAUUCGAGGAGAACGGCGACAAGAAGAAGAAAAACGUAAGCGCAAGGAGAGCUAUGCCAUUUAUAUUUACAAAGUCUUGAAACAAGUCCAUCCUGACACGGGCAUUUCGAGCAAGGCGAUGAGCAUCAUGAACAGCUUUGUGAAUGAUAUCUUCGAGCGUAUAGCGGCCGAGGCAUCGCGUUUGGCUCACUACAACAAACGCUCUACAAUCACUAGUCGGGAAAUUCAGACAGCAGUCCGGCUAUUGCUACCAGGCGAGUUGGCCAAACACGCCGUCAGCGAAGGUACUAAGGCCGUAACCAACCGGACGCGUCAGUAUCAAAACGAUCGUCAAACGAGAAGGUUCUCGAAACGAAAUCUAGGAGUUAUAAUGGCCCGUACGAAGCAGACAGCUCGCAAGUCCACCGGUGGCAAGGCGCCCCGUAAGCAGCUUGCAACGAAAGCGGCUCGCAAGAGCGCGCCGGCGACCGGCGGUGUGAAGAAGCCGCAUCGUUAUCGGCCUGGCACCGUAGCUCUGCGUGAGAUCCGUCGUUACCAGAAGAGCACCGAGCUUCUCAUACGAAAGUUGCCGUUCCAACGUCUAGUGCGCGAGAUCGCUCAGGACUUCAAGACCGAUCUGCGUUUUCAGAGCUCCGCCGUCAUGGCAUUGCAGGAAGCUAGCGAGGCCUAUUUGGUUGGCCUGUUCGAAGAUACAAACUUGUGCGCGAUCCACGCCAAGCGCGUAACCAUCAUGCCCAAGGAUAUUCAACUAGCUCGGCGUAUUCGAGGAGAACGCGCUUAGACGCCUGUCGUCCUAUAAAACAAAU